AUGGGCGAACUUCGGACCCAGUCGGUGCCACCGACGAUGAAGAACAAAUGCACACAACCGCACCUGACCACCGCGGCGUCCUCUGCGUCGCCCGCUACCGCUGCUGCGUUGAAUCCGCUGUAUCUCCCGCAGAAAGCAUCGUCACUUCUGCAGAACCAGAUGAAAGUAGACACCUACCUGUCGCCCGUGAACCAGAACGGGUCCUUCGAGUUCGACCGGGUGAUCAAGAGCGGCUACCUGCACAAGCGAACGAAAGCAAAGACUUGGAGGACAAUCUAUCUUGUCCUGAGGCCCAACACGUUGUCGAUCUACAAGUCGGACAAGGAAGACAAGCUGCAAUACCAGGUCUUCCUGUCCGAGCUGACCGCCGUGACCUUUCUCAAGGACCCGAAGCAGAAGCGGCAGCAUGUGUUUGGCCUCUUCUCGCCGUCUCGGAACUCUCACUUCCAGGCCAACACUGGCCCGGACGCGCAGGACUGGGUCGAUCGCAUCCGCAAAGAAGCACGCAUCGAGGAGGAGGAGGAAGAGAUGUUCCAUGCCAGCCCUGUGGUGCGGCGCCAGUCCUGUGCAUUUGGAAGCCUCAACGCCGGCGUGAUGCAGCUGAGCAGGGCGGCCAGCCCGCAGAACCAGAACACAGAGCAAGAGCGCAUACAGUCAAGCUCGCCCGAACCGCAGAUCUCGACUCCGAGACAGCCGUCACAGCAACGCCCACAGAGCGGCAUGACGGAGCCAUGGGGCUGGUCAGGCAACGAGCUGGCAUCAGAUUACUCUGACGGCGAGGGUCAUGUACCGGCCUUGGGCGUGUCGAUUGGAAGCCUGACGAACCAGUCGCCGUUGGCGGCUGCCGGCAGCGAAGUCGUGCGGCCGCUUAGCGGCAGCGUUCGCAGCGCCAGCCAGGCUAGCGGCAUCGGCAAUCUCGAGACAGACCCGGACCGCGUUGUCUGGCAAGGCUGGCUGUGGUUUCUGCGCAACCGGAGCGGAAUGCGCAAGUGGAAUCACUCAUGGGCGGUGCUGCGCCCGCGGAACCUGAUCCUCUACAAGGACGAGUCUGAAUAUGCGGCCCGGUUUGUUCUGCCGCUUGCAUCGAUUGUCAACGUGGUGGAGCGAGACCCGAUGAGCCGCAGCAAGAAGCGGCACUGCAUGGAGAUCAUCACGGAAGAGAAGAGCUUCCGGUUCUCGGCCCACGACGAAGAGUCGCUGCUGCAGUGUCUCGGCGCCUUUAAGAGCCUGCUGACCAAGCGCCGGGAGCUCGAGAUCCGUGCAGCGGUUACUAUCCCUUUGACGGUCACGACGCCGACGCCAACCACAGCCACAGCCACAGCCACAGCCACAUCCAUGAUCAUGGCUACGACUACGGCUACAACCACCCCUGCCCUAGUCCCAGGACGCGCCGCCGAGCUGUCUGAAUAA